CAUGUCUUAUUUUCCGACUAAAUUCUGUAUCCAGCUCAUCAUAAAAGCUGAGGAACAGUGUCUGCUUAUUUUCUUCCCUGAAGAAAGCGUUGUCAGAGGUUGUCCUGGUUAAAGGCUUUAUUCUGAGGAGGUCCUACCCAAACUGAAUAAUGGCAGCAAAGAGAACUCAGAGGACACAAUUCUGACAGAAAAGGUUGUUCUAGCUGAAGAUCUUCUGCUGGACUGUAUUAUGGCAACAAAGGGGGCACAGGCAGCGGGGGACAGCACUGACAGUGAUGACAGCAUGGAAGGACAUCCAAACUUCUCUGCUGAGGAGAGAGCACUCCCUGAUGAUCUCCUGAAGAACAGCAAUGAGUUCAUAAGACUUUAUGAAGAACAUCAGCCUGAACUCCAACAGAUUAUCGAGGAUCUGGAAAAGAGCUCAUAUAAGCUUUUACAUAAAUACGACGAAGCAACCAGACAGAGUAGAGCAGGGGGGAUCACUUCAGCAGCAGGAACUGGAGUUGGACUUGGGCUUGGUUUUUUACUGGCUCCCUUCACUCUUGGUGGUUCCUUGCUUGUUGGAGCAGCUGUGGCAGGGGCAGCUACUACUUCUGGUGCAAUAUGCAGCCACAAAGCUAACAGAAACAAAAAAGAGGAAGAGGAGAAGGCACUUGAAGAUGUGAAGAAGGCUCUGCAGACGUUCAACACAACAGCUAAAACAGUCACCAAACACUUACACAAUAUCUGUAACCAAGUUGAAAAGAUACUGCAGUACCAAAAAGAUGAACAGUCUAGAUUGUUAAAAUCUGAGGUAAAAGAAAUCAGAAAGCAUGCCGAUGAUUUGUCAGAGCUUGCAAAACUGUUUACGUCAGAGGACCUACAGAGACUGUUAGAGCAGGGAACAAUAACUAUAGAUGGAACAGAAAACAUCAACCCAUUUAUUACAUUUCUGUUAACUUACUUUGGUUUUCUCUCUGUUUUUGAAGAUAACAGAACACUCAGAGAUUUUGAAAAACUGAGAAUAAGGAGGUUUGGAGUGCAGGAGUAUGAACUGGAAUCAAAAGCAGGACGGUUCAUUUUGAAGAUGAGAGAAACAAUUGAUCAAUUGCAGAACACCUUAAAUGAAAUGAACACUUCAAAAACAGAGGUAGAGAACGUGAUUGUACUCAACCUGAAGAAGUACAUUAGAGGGAGAAACACAUAAAAGAGCACAAAAUGAUUGAAAAGAACGUAGAUAUGCAGUUUGUAAUUAUAAGAAAAUGGAAGUGCUGCAGAAAUCCAUCUGUAGAAAUAGCUUGAAAACGGGCCUUUAACUUUACACCUUAGCUCAAUGUAGCUCUGCUUAGCUUUCAGUGUGCAUUUCAAAGGCAUUUUCUUAAUUACUGACAUUUAUGAAUAACAGCUCCAUUAAUAUGCAUUUUAUAUUUGUAGUGAACACUGGCUGAAACUUUACCCCCAGGCUGAGUGUUUCUAACGUAUCAGCAACCCAAAGUUAAGGGCCUUUUGGCUCCAGCGAGUCUGGAGUUGAAAGCGUAAAUCUGUCACUUAAAAUUUAUGACUGAAUCAAGAACCAGCACCCCUCUCCCUCGACCCAGGGGGCAACACCUCCCUGGAAUAUUGGCCACAUGGCCCUCCAAAGUCCUGUGGACAACUUUAUCUUUAAGUAACAGAAAGUACAUUUCUAAGGUAUAUGUCCACUCCAAACUGCAACUAUUCGUUAGAACUCUUUUUAACUAAACUAGACAUACCAAGAACAGAACUCAUACAGCAAAAUUUCAACUUUCUAAAUUCCCUAGCGAUUUAGAAAACACACAAUAAAGAGCUCUGUACCAUAGUAUAAACUUGAAAUCUGUAUCAGUCCAGCGGUGUUGGACGGACGCCAAAAGACUCUGAAGGUGUGCGCGCAUGUUUUCAGUUCUAGAUGCGCGUGCACCUGUCCAACGCGCCGUUGCUAGGAAACACGUGCACAAACACAGCAGGAACACUGACGAGACGCAAGCAGCUUCAGAGCUGGCUAAUUAGAUUUGAAACACCAUGUAAAUAUUUUAGAAGCCCUAUAAUAAAUAACAGUAGUGGAAAUAAAGCGAAAUGCAGAGUUUAUCAGCACAGAAAUUGAGAUUUACUAGAAGAAUAAAACAAACUUUGAAGGAGCGUCUAUUUUUACUGUUUUUCCACAGUGGAUUACUCACAGAUGCUUCAUCGGACCGCGAUGGCGCCGCUGUUUUUAGAAGUGGGAGACUCCGCAGUUUCUAAGGAUGUGCGUAGUGAACUGCUGCGGUAAAGCAUUCCUGAGUUAUAAAGCUGAGAAGACAAGGUGUGAUUUAUGACGCAAAAUCCGUCAUGAGGGUUGAUAGGGUUAAACUAGCUGAAACAGAGGAGGCAGUGAUUCUGUGGAAGACAUUCCUAAAAUUAUGCACAACCAAUCAGAGUUGGAAACAAUGAGUAGCUAGUAACCUUAGGUGAGGAGAACCCAGAUCAGCACUCUGGCUCCACCUCCAAAGGGUAGGGCCUCCAGCCGAGCAAAACCAGAGUGCACCGCAAAUUUCGGUGGUUCAGUUCAGAUUCCUGCGUUCGCAACAAAAGGGUAGCUAAGUUUCUAAGUUUGUGCCAGCCUUGGUCAGGAAGACAGGUCAGAAGUAUUA